AUGCAGAGAGCCCAAUCUCUUCAAGGAGUCCCUGGUCCAAGCAUUAUGCACAUGAACCAUCAGAUGCCAUCCCCCGCCAAUUCGGUCGCCGACUUUGCGGAGCUUGCUGCCAUGCCGUCGCCUAGAUCCUGCACCGUGUCGCCACAGAAGUAUAGCUUACCAUCAACUCCUUCCGCCCAUGGGCGUGUGAACCGAUCUAUGUCCUCCUCUUCUGACGAGGACACCACUGAUACCCAGCCUGACACCGUUGAUGAGUUUGACCUUGAUGCUCGAGUCAAGGCCUCUUUGAAGGAGAGCACUGUCUCCGGUGAUGAGAUCGCUCAGUACAUCUCCGGUCCAGACCCCAAAGACAACAAAUGGGUCUGUCUUUUCACUGGGUGCCACUGUCGCUUUGGCCGAAAAGAAAAUAUCAAGUCUCAUGUUCAGACCCAUCUCAAUGAUCGCCAAUACGUCUGUGACCGAUGCGGAAAGGAUUUCGUUCGUGGACAUGAUCUCAAGCGCCACCUCAAGACCCAUUCAGGCAAGAAGCCCUUUGCUUGUGCUUGCGGUGCAAGCUUCGCUCGUCAAGAUGCUUUAACACGCCACCGUCAGCGCGAUAUGUGCAUUGGAGGUUUCACUGGGUUCGUCCCCAAGACUACCAAGCGCGGCCGUCCGCCCAAGAAGAACCGCCCCGAUAUCGAAAGUCGUCAAGAAAAAUCUAGUCGUACUCGCCAACGUGUUGCUGAGAAGUCCGUCUCUAUGUCGCCCGUCAAGAUCGAAGGCAGCUUCGAGGAGACCACCAUGUUCCGCUCGCCCAACUAUGCCCCGUCUUCCACUAUGUCAUCAUUCACGCCUCCCACAUCGCCUGGAGGUGGCUUUGACAAUAUUCCUUCUCCCACUCAAUCCGGCCUGUCGAUGAUCUCUCAAAAAUUCGAAGAUGACAUGCUCCCAUUGCCACUUUCGCCUCCUCAAUUGGCACACAACCGAUACGCCCGCGCUAUGGAACAAUUUGAGACCCAAGUGAGCAAUGAGUCUUCCCAAGAGUCACUUUAUAGUGACGCAGCGCUUUCGCCAUAUGAUAUGUCUUCUCCCCACACUGCGCCAACUCUUGCCGAGUCUACCGUCGGCUCUGAGAUUGAUGUCUUCAUGACCCAGGAAUCCACAGACCAGCUGAAGGAAGAGUUUGCCAACCUCACAGACGAAGCAUUCACCAACUUCCCUUCCAGCUAUACCUACAUGGACACAAGUGACUUCGGCUUUACCUCGUCUAUCUACCCGGAUGUCCCUGGAAAGUCCCUUGCUGCUCUCGGGCCGCUCGACAUGGAUCCUUACUCGGAUCAGAUCGACUCCCUUUCAAGUGAAUUCCUGGUUGAUCCAUAA